GGCAAGGCGUGGCACUCUCAUCUCACUCUUCCCUCGGCACUCAUUCCGCUGACAUGAAAUAUUGCGUUUUUCUUCUCUUCCUCAGCGCCGGCGUGUACAGGGCUGUUGGCAACCCUGCGGCCGGACAACCAUGGCGCUGGAUCUCUCCUUCAGCCUCCCGCACGCCCAUCGCCGCCGCCCACAAGCCAGCCGGGCGCGCGGGGUCCUCCGGCGCUCGGAUCGUGGGCGGCACCGAGGCGAGGCCCCACCAGUGGCCCCACAUGGUCGCCCUCUUCAUCGAUGACGUCGUGUUCUGCGGUGGGUCCCUCCUCGCCGACCAGUGGGUUGUCACCGCCGCCCACUGCAUGCACCGAUCCCUGUUGUUGAGGUGGUCAUGGGCGCGCACAACCUCCAGGAGGCGGAGUCAAGCCAGGUCACGAUGACGUCAGAGGACAUCAUCGUCCACGAGGGAUGGGACAGCCAGACGCUCCGGAACGACAUCGCCCUCGUCCGAUUGCCUGAACCUGUGACUUCGAAUGAAUACAUAUCGUUCGUGGGUCUUCCCGACGCUGACUUGCCCUACGGAUCUCCAGUCACCGCCACAGGAUGGGGGUUCACUUCGGAGGGUGCAACGGGCAUUUCGGACGUGUUGAACCAAGUCACGAUGAACGUAAUCGAACGCGAUGUGUGCGACGCCAUCUAUGGGGAACAAGGAGAAGGUGUCUUGUGCGUGGAUGCCAGCGGCGGAGGAAUAUGUGAUGGUGACUCCGGCGGCCCCCUGGUGCACGAAAACCGCAUUUACGGCAUCACAUCCUACGCCUCCGCCCUAGGAUGCUCGUCUGGAUGGCCCGAAGGAUUCACCCGCGUCCUGCACUACGUGGCUUGGAUUCAGGAACAUACGGGACUUACUUUUGAAAAAGCCGUUUGAAGAGUUUGAAGUUUUCCCGCCAUUUUUUUUUUUUUUUUUUUUUUUUUUUUUUUUUUUGC